CCUCCAGCUCAAGGACCCGUAUUUAAAGAGACAGGCGCUUCAACCGUCGUGGGCUGCCCGCGGCCUGUGGGGAGCUACUUCCGAGGCCUGAAGUGAGCGCCGGAGCUGGAGAGGCAGGGAGUUCCGAACCGACCCCCACCAAAACCAGCGCAUUUAUGGAUUCGUUGUAAUUUUCCCAACUAUCCAGUGAGCUGUAUGUCUUUGACUUUCAAGAUCCUCUUUCCACAAACCAUCCGUGCACUCAGCCAAAAAGAACUGUACCUAUUCCGAGGACAUCACUGGCCUGAUGUCAGACAGUUCAGCCAGUGGUCAGAAACAGAUCUGCUUCAUGGACAGCGCCUCUUCCUGAGAAGAAAGCCUGUUGUGUCAUUCCAGGGAAGCCAUCUAAGAUCACGUGCCACCUACCUUGUUUUCUUGCCAGGGUUGCAUGUGGGACUCUGCAGUGGCCCCUGUGAGAUGGCUGAGCAACGGUUCUGUGUGGACUAUGCCAAGCGUGGCACAGCUGGCUGCAAAAAAUGCAAGGAAAAGAUUGUGAAGGGCGUAUGCCGAAUUGGCAAAGUGGUACCAAAUCCCUUCUCAGAGACUGGGGGUGAUAUGAAAGAGUGGUACCACAUUAAAUGCAUGUUUGAGAAACUAGAGCGGGCCCGGGCCACCACAAAAAAAAUCGAGGACCUCACAGAGCUGGAAGGCUGGGAGGAGCUGGAAGAUAACGAGAAGGAACAGAUAACCCAGCACAUUGCAGAUCUGUCUUCUAAGGCAGCAAGUACACCAAAGAAGAAAGCUGUUGUCCAGGCUAAGUUGACAACCACUGGCCAGGUGACAUCUCCAGUGAAAGGCACCUCAUUUGUCACCAGUACUAAUCCCCGGAAAUUUUCUGGUUUUUCAGCAGCCAAGCCCAACACCUCUGGGGAAUCCCCCUCAAGCCCCACACGUAAGAUAAGUCUGUCUUCAAGCAAAUGUGACCCCAGACAUAAGGACUGUCUGCUACGGGAGUUUCGAAAGUUGUGCGCCAUGGUGGCUGAUAAUUCUAGCUACAACACGAAGACCCAGAUCAUCCAGGACUUCCUGCGGAAAGGCUCAGCAGGAGAUGGUUUCCACGGUGAUGUGUACCUAACAGUGAAGCUGCUGCUGCCAGGAGUCAUUAAGAGUGUUUAUAACUUGAAUGAUAAGCAGAUUGUGAAGCUUUUCAGUCGCAUUUUUAACUGCAACCCAGAUGAGAUGGCACGGGACCUAGAGCAGGGGAUACACUUGGCCACCCCAGGGUUGCAGCAGUGGCAUUUUGGUUUUUGGAGACAGGGUGACGUGUCAGAGACAAUCAGAGUCUUCUUUGAGCAGAGCAAGUCUUUUCCCCCAGCUGCCAAGAGCCUCCUUACCAUCCAGGAAGUGGAUGAGUUCCUUCUGCGGCUGUCCAAGCUCACCAAGGAGGAUGAGCAGCAACAGGCCCUGCAGGACAUUGCCUCCAGGUGUACAGCCAAUGACCUUAAAUGCAUCAUCAGGUUGAUCAAACAUGAUCUGAAGAUGAACUCAGGUGCAAAACAUGUGUUAGACGCCCUUGACCCCAAUGCCUAUGAAGCCUUCAAAGCCUCGCGCAACCUGCAGGACGUGGUGGAGCGGGUCCUUCGCAAUGAGCAGGAGGUGGAGAAGAAGCCAGGCCAGAGACGAGCUCUGAGCGUCCAGGCCUCACUGAUGACACCUGUGCAGCCCAUGCUGGCGGAGGCCUGCAAGUCCAUUGAGUAUGCAAUGAAGAAGUGUCCCAAUGGCAUGUUCUCUGAGAUCAAGUACGAUGGAGAGCGAGUCCAAGUGCAUAAGAAUGGGGACCACUUCAGCUACUUCAGCCGCAGUCUCAAGCCCGUGCUGCCUCACAAGGUGGUCCACUUUAAGGACUACAUCCCUCAGGCUUUUCCUGGGGGCCAAAGCAUGAUCUUGGACUCUGAGGUGCUUCUGAUUGACAACAAGACAGGGAAACCACUGCCCUUUGGGACCCUCGGAGUGCACAAGAAAGCGGCCUUCCAGGAUGCCAAUGUCUGCCUGUUUGUUUUUGAUUGUAUCUACUUUAAUGAUGUCAGCUUGAUGGACAGGCCUCUGUGUGAGCGGCGGAAGUUUCUUCAUGAGAACAUGGUUGAAAUUCCAAACCGGAUCAUGUUCUCAGAAAUGAAACGAGUCACAAAAGCUUCGGACUUGGCUGACAUGAUAACCCGGGUGAUCCGGGAGGGAUUGGAGGGGCUGGUGCUGAAGGAUGUGAAGGGUACAUAUGAGCCUGGGAAGCGGCACUGGCUGAAAGUGAAGAAAGACUAUUUGAAUGAGGGGGCCAUGGCCGACACAGCUGACCUGGUGGUCCUUGGGGCCUUCUAUGGGCAAGGGAGCAAAGGCGGCAUGAUGUCAAUCUUCCUCAUGGGCUGCUACGACCCUGGAAGCCAGAAGUGGUGCACAGUCACCAAGUGUGCAGGAGGCCAUGACGAUGCCACACUUGCCCGCCUUCAGAAGGAACUAGACAUGGUGAAGAUCAGCAAGGACCCCAGCAAAAUACCCAGCUGGCUGAAGGUCAACAAGAUCUACUAUCCUGACUUCAUCGUUCCAGACCCAAAGAAAGCUGCCGUGUGGGAGAUCACAGGGGCUGAAUUCUCCAAAUCGGAGGCUCACACAGCUGACGGGAUCUCCAUCCGAUUCCCUCGCUGCACCCGAAUCCGAGAUGAUAAGGACUGGAAAUCUGCCACUAACCUUCCUCAACUCAAGGAACUGUACCAGCUGUCCAAGGAGAAAGCAGACUUCACUGUAAUGGCUGGAGAUGAAGGGAGCUCCACUACAGGGGGUAGCAGUGAAGAGAAUAAGGGUCCCUCGGGGUCUUCUGUGUCCCACAAGGCUCCCAGCGCCUCCCCCAGCAAGCCUUAUGCCAGUACCAAGAAAGCAGAAGGGAAGCUGAGUAACUCCAACAGCAAAGGCGGCAACAUGCUGACUGCAAAGCCUUCCCCUGUGACGGUGGGAGAGAAGCUGGCCAUGAAGUCUUCUCCAGUGAAAGUGGGGGAGAAGCGGAAAGCCGCUGAUGAGACCCUGUGCCAAACAAAGGUGCUACCUGACAUCUUCACUGGGGUGCGGCUGUACUUGCCGCCCUCCACACCAGACUUCAGCCGUCUCAGACGCUACUUUGUGGCAUUCGACGGGGACCUGGUACAGGAAUUUGAUAUGGCCUCAGCCACACAUGUGCUGUGUAGCAGGGACAAGAACCCUUCAGCCCAGCAGGUCUCCCCAGAGUGGAUUUGGGCAUGUAUCCGGAAACGGAGACUGGUAGCUCCCUGCUAGGUUUGCUGUCUUCCCUCUCCCUUCAGGCCGUACUCUCCUUUCCCAUGCUACUGGACUGGGCGCAGGCUGGAGGCAGGUAAACACAGGAUAGGGGGAGUGGGCUUGCUCCUCCCAACCCACCAGUUCUCCAGUCUCUUCUGGACCAGGAAUUAGUUGCUGUGGCUGCCACAACUGAAGUCAGUUUCUCUUGCUGGUUUAAAUAGAUCUUUCAGGUCUGGGUGCUGGUUUUACCAUCUUUUUGUUUUCUUUGAAAAGCAGCUUAAUUACCUUUUUUAUAAAUAAAAUAUCUUGCAGUUA